CCCCCCGAGUACCCCCUGGAACCCGGAGAGAGACCCCAACCCCCCCCACGGCGCCGCUCGGCGGGACCCCCCCGGGGACCCCCCCCCGAGCAGUGGCCCCCGUACCCCGAUGGUGGCUCCCGUCCCCCCGUGUGUCACAUAGGGACCCCAACGUCCUGCGGGUCCCCACAUGUUCUGGUGUGCCGGGCGCGGCGGGAGGCUCAAGCCCAGGUGCAGGUGCAAGCCCAGGUGCUGGAAGCCGCUCGCCGUUUGGCCUCGGUGCCGGGGUUGCCCCCGGAGCAGCGGCGGCGGCGGCAGCGGCUCCAGGCCGAGGCUGCCCAAAGGCUCCGGCAGCUCCGGGCACAGCUCGGACCCCUCGGACAGGGUGAGAUUCGGGGGAAAAAAAUUUGGGGUUGGGAGCAUUUGGGGUACGGGGAGGUUUGCUGA